AUGGCUUUGUUAGAUCCACCGAAUGACUAUUGUGUUGGAUUUCCGGCAAACGCUCGUCUCGUAUUGAAAUUAAGCGGACGUCUACUACAUCAAUGGAUUGUAGUCAUAAAUGCGCUCGAUGGAGCAACCGAUUAUGGCUCAGGAUUGAACGACUAUGAGUGGGGUUGUCAUAUACAUGCAUCAUCGAUACAUUAUAAUAGAUCUUUAUUAGGUAAUGGAAGUACAUUCAACCUCGCAAGCGAGGAAGGAUUAUUUACUGCAUCAACUGUGGACCAUUAUUUGUCUAAAAGAUAUCGAUCGGAAGCUAGAUCUAAAUUUUUCGAGUAUUACAAGAAAGCGGAAGUCUUUUGUUCAGCGCUUCACAUACAAUCUCUUACCGAGAGAGUGAAAUACAUUUUAAAAAUUUAUCUUACGAGAACCACUCAGUUAAAACGGCGUACAGAAAUCAAUGUCGUUGUUGGAGCAACAAUAGUUUUUGCUGUGAGAGAGAAUGCCAUUGCUAUUACUUUGAACGAAAUAGCUGAAGUAACAGGCACGACAGUUCCAAAUCUCUCAUCAACAAUCCAACACAUUCGAAAUUACGUUCCUGAAUUUACCAUUCAAUUGAUUGAUACCGAAAAAAUUCUAGAACGAGUAAUAGAUUCAAUGUUCACGCCGGUCGAACCGCUGCAAGUACCUCAAUCGCUUCAAGAACCACAACAACCCGACUCGGCUUCCAUGCUGACGACUGCCACACAACCUUCGAAAAUUUUUCUUCCGAUCUACACAACCGAAUCAGACUUAACACAUCUUUAUGACGAUAUAACAAUGUUCUACGACGACACGUCCAUACCCGCAAUACCAGGCUUAUCACCCCUGAUGACUCUUUACAAGAAAAUCCUUCUUGUUGUCUCACGUGCUGUUCUUUCUUUUGCUUACUCAUCUUUGCUAACCACUGGCCGCCAGCCCAUCCCUGUACUUGCUGCAGUUCUUCUACUCUCAAUCGAAGCAAUCGAGAAACCCAACUCGGCUGAACGUGCCAAAAAUCACAAAUUGGCCGAGUCCUAUGUCGCUGCUAUGCAUGGUAUCAAGCCAGAAACGGUCAUGAUUACGAGGUAUAGAGAAUUAAAGCAAUUGUUAUAUCCGCAGGUGUUGAAGUUACCUUGGGCAGUGCUUGCUCAUGAAACAUUUACGAAAGGGUACUUGUAUCUGAUCGAUUUGAAACAUCCACCGGCAUAUAAUCGUAGUGAGACAUUGAGAAACAAGCGUAUUAGUAAAGUGCAAAACGCUAAGAAAAUACUUUCUCAACAUUACAAGGACAACGGAAGUAACAACAACACAUCCACAAACACACCACCUCUUUCUCCAAUUACUGCCUCCACAAACGAUCCCGAACUUAAUUGGAUCUUGAUUAUUCUCCAAUCCAAAACUCACAGUGAACAAGAGAUUAUCGAUGCAUCCAAGGGACUGUUACAAUUAUGGGCGAAGUCUGUGAAUAGGAUGGAUGAAAGCGGAGAUGAUGGAGAAGAAAUAACGGAAAAGGAUUUGAGCAUUGACGAGGAGAGGGAGUAUUUAAGAACGAACGCUGAGAUUGCAGUUAUCAGGUCUGUUCGCAACCAGUAUGAGAUGGAUCUACGCAAGGGUAAUGGUAUAUCUAUUAAUGAAGAACGAACUUCUCCUGAUGAUGAACUGAUCUGUUAA